AUGAAAACCAGUUCAGUUCUGCUGUUGCUGGUCCUCCUGGGGACAUGCUUGGCUUACAACCUUGAAAAUGUGGCUUUGCGUGGCAAAGCAACUCAGUCACAGCGCUUCAGUGGAGGCGGGGAAGUUCUGGCGGCUGCUUACAACGCCAUUGAUGGAAACCGUGAAGCUACUUUUUCUGCUGGUUCAUGCAGUGUCAGUGCAAAAAUGGCCAACCCCUGGUGGAGGGUGGACCUGCUGGAGAAGUACAUGGUCACCACUAUCAUCAUCACCAACAGAGGAGACUGCUGUGCAGACAAAAUCAAUGGGGCAGAGAUUCAUGUCACAAAGACGUUGCAUUCUGCUUACUCUGGUUACUCUGGUAACUCAGGUUACCACGGUCACAGUCUGCCAGCAUACCGUAAUCAAAGAAACCCAGUGGUUGCUGUAAUUUCUCGUAUUGCACCAGGGAGGCCUCAUAUAAUAACUCUUGAAAAACCUGUGGAGGGACGUUUUGUGACUGUGUUUUUACCUGGUUCAGGAAAGAUACUCCAACUCUGUGAAGUGGAAGUCUAUGGCUACCGUGCUCCAACUGAUGUGAACCUGGCAGUCCUCGGAAAAGCCUCACAGUCAUCAUUGUAUUCAUAUCUAUGCGAUCCAUAUCAUGCUAUAGAUGGGUAUCAUGCCACCACAUGGGCAGAGGGCAGUUGUUCUUGUACAAAAUCGACACUUAGUCCCUGGUGGCAACUGGACCUUGGCAAAAUCCAUAAAGUGAACACUGUCAAGAUAACCAACACAAAAAAUUACCCAACAUAUCUUAAUGGAGCUGAGAUCCGCAUCGGAAAUUCUCCUGCACAAACUGGCACCAACAAUCCCCGGUGUGCUUUGAUCACUAGCAUCCCUGCCGGUUUUACGCACGAGUUCGACUGUAAGGGGAUGGACGGUCGCUACAUUAUCAUAGUUGCUCCUGGAAAAACUGUGUAUCUGACCCUGUGUGAGGUGGAGGUGUAUGGCUCUAGACUGGAUUAGUUCUGGUGAGGUUCAAAAUGUACAACAAUGGCAAUUUACAUAGCUGGUAUUUAGCUGAUGCUCUUUUAUAGAUUCUGGUAGAAAUCAUAUCUUAAACUUCACUUAUGACAUUGACAUCAUUAGAGACAACAUAUGGUUAGGUCACAGUAAAACUGCAUUAAUAAAUGUUUGACCAUUAGGGGGAAGAAUAAUUCCAAAACAUGACAAACACAACCCCAACAUCAUCAUCUAGUGGAAUAAAUUUGUUAUG